UCCUCGAAUUUUGUCUCCCCUACCAUCUCUCGCAUGAAACAGCUGCCCCUCAUAGACAGGAAUAUACUUUCCGGACCUGGUCACUGUUUCACUCCUUCCCUCUCACAUUCCCUUUUGCUUCGUGUUAGCCGGUAGCUGAGUGUAAAACCCUACACGCUCACUGGGUCUGCUUUGAACCUUGGACCUCUGUGACCUGUUGAAGCUAUGUCUACUCUUGAAAUCGAAGCACGAGAUGUCAUCAAAAUCGUCCUCCAGUUUUGCAAGGAAAAUUCCCUGCACCAGACAUUCCAGACUUUGCAGAAUGAGUGUCAGGUUUCUUUGAAUACUGUAGACAGCAUUGAGACAUUUGUUGCUGAUAUUAAUAGUGGAAGGUGGGAUGCGAUAUUGCCUCAAGUGGCUCAACUUAAGCUUCCCAGGAAUAAAUUGGAGGAUUUGUAUGAGCAGAUUGUAUUGGAGAUGAUUGAACUUCGAGAACUGGAUACUGCUCGUGCAAUUCUACGGCAAACACAGGUGAUGGGUGUCAUGAAACAAGAACAACCUGAAAGAUAUUUGCGGCUUGAACAUCUCCUUGUUAGAACAUAUUUUGAUCCUAAUGAGGCUUAUCAAGACUCAACAAAAGAAAGGCGACGUGCGCAAAUUGCCCAAGCUGUUGCUGCAGAAGUUACUGUAGUGCCACCUUCCCGAUUAAUGGCUCUAAUUGGUCAGGCUUUGAAGUGGCAGCAGCAUCAAGGUGUAUUUCUGCGGACAGGAUUACUUCCUCCUGGAACACAGUUUGACUUGUUUCGAGGGACAGCUGCUAUGAAACAAGAUGUGGAUGACGUGUAUCCGACAACUAUUUCUCAUACAAUUAAGUUUGGCACAAAAAGUCAUGCAGAAUGUGCCCGCUUUUCACCAGAUGGGCAGUUUCUUGUCUCUUGCUCAGUUGAUGGAUUUAUUGAGGUAUGGGAUUACAUUAGUGGAAAGCUGAAGAAAGAUCUCCAGUACCAGGCUGACGAAAUAUUCAUGAUGCAUGAUGAUGCAGUACUUUGUGUAGAUUUUAGCAGAGAUUCUGAGAUGCUAGCUUCUGGAUCUCAAGAUGGCAAGAUUAAAGUUUGGCGGAUAAGGACUGGUCAAUGUUUGCGGCGUCUUGAACGUGCUCAUUCCCAGGGUGUCACAAGUAUUGCCUUCUCUCGUGAUGGAAGCCAGCUAUUAAGUACUUCAUUUGACAGCACGGCAAGAAUCCAUGGCCUAAAAUCUGGAAAGCUAUUGAAAGAGUUUCGUGGCCAUACAUCUUAUGUGAAUGAUGCAAUUUUCACAAGUGAUGGAAGUCGUGUUGUUACUGCCUCCAGUGAUUGUACAAUCAAGGUCUGGGAUUUGAAAUCUACAGAUUGCAUACAGACUUUUAAGCCACCUCCUCCUUUAAGGGGAGGUGAUGCUUCAGUUAACUCCGUUCAUAUUUUCCCAAAGAAUACAGAUCACAUUGUUGUAUGUAACAAAACAUCUUCGAUAUACAUCAUGACACUUCAAGGGCAGGUUGUGAAGAGCUUCUCAUCCGGUAAAAGAGAAGGUGGGGACUUCGUUGCGGCAUGCGUUUCACCUAAAGGGGAAUGGAUAUACUGUGUUGGUGAAGACAGGAAUAUGUACUGCUUCAGCUAUCAAUCUGGCAAAUUGGAGCAUCUAAUGAAGGUCCAUGAGAAGGAAGUUAUUGGUGUGACGCAUCAUCCUCAUAGGAAUCUUGUGGUAACUUAUAGUGACGAUGGUACAAUGAAGCUGUGGAAGCCUUGAGAAUGGCUGCCUGGAUGCUGCAAUUUUUUUCCCUGAAUGAACAUCUUUUUCCUUCUUGUUUAUCUUGUUCCCCCCCCCCCCCAAAAAAAUUUCUGUUUAAUUUGGAAGGUUUAUACUAGUAGCAGCGAAAUUGUAAGUGAUAAAUUGUAUGCCACUGCCACAAAAUUAAUGUAGCAUCGCGCUAUUUAUUUGUAU